AUGGCGUCUACUGAGGAUGCUGUGAACACUGGAGAAGAGGUGCAACCAGUCCAAAGUUCAGUCAACCAGGAGGAGUCCAGGAUCAAAAGUCCGGAUAAUGAUACAAGCUCUAAUGAUUACACUUUACCAGACUCGGAGGAUGUGUCUCAAGCAACCAAAGUCGACAAGCAGGAGGAAACUGAAACAGUCGAAUCUACCAAUCAUGAGUCAGGAACGGAUGUCUCUAACGAGAAACAAGAUAGCAGAACUGAUGCUGCAGAUCCCAAUUUAAAAGUAGAAACGGAAGACAUGAAAACUGAUGACCACAUUAGUGAACAGAAUGGUGAACAAGAUGGAUUAAAUGAACAGGAAAGUUCGGACAAAAAUGAUAAAACAAAUGAACAGGAACAUCCUAGUGAACAAGGCACUACUGACCAAUCAGGGCAGGAGGUGGUUCAACCACUACCACAAAUAGAGGAAUUGGACAAGGAAGACCAGGAUCUGAAGGAGAACUGCAACAACGAUAAUGAGGAAGAAGUGUUCAAAGAGGCAGGGGAAGAUGAGGGAAAAGUUCAGACAGAGGAAGAAAACAAGGUAGAACUCUGUGUACUGACUGAAGACGAAGGAGUUUUAAAACCUGAUUCACAAUCAGAUGAGAACAAGGGAGAUUCUGAAGAACUAGGUGUCAUAGCAACAGGAGCAGACAAUCCAGGAGAAACCAUGGAUACUGAAACAUCAAAAGAGGAUAAUGAGGGUCAGCAAGAGACCACUGAACAGGAAACAUCAGAAAAUGUUCCCACUGGAGCGGAACCACAACAAGAUACUACCGAGGGGCAAUCUGAGGGGAAGGUAGAGGAAAAAACAGAUGUUAAUGAUGAAAAGGAAGGUGAGUCUGUAACUGAAAAGACUGAGGAACAAAAGGGUGAUGAAACAAAGCCUGAUGAUACACCUACCGUACCUGUGACUGAUGCUGGGGUUACAGAGACGGUGAAUGAUUCUCAGGCUGAUGAACAAAGCAAGGUUGAGGAGGAACAGAAAGAGGGAAAACCUGAGGAGGUCACAAAGACAGAGGAGGCCACAGAAGAAGAACAAAGUGAAAACAAAGAGAAGGAGAAAGAGCUACAGCAGGAAUCCAUGUUGAUGAAUCAAAAUGCUGAAAAGGAAGCAUUUCAACAGCUAAUGGAUCAGAAUGUAAAUCUAGAGGCAGAAUUUAACAAAAUGAAAAGCCAGUUUGAUGAGAUAAAGGGAAAAUAUGUGGCAAUGGAAUCCAAAGUGACAGAAGUCAGUAACGAAAAUACGGAAAAACAGUCCAAAAUCAAUGAACUGGAGGAAGAGAUAAAGAAACUGAGGAGUCAGAUACAUGACGGAGGCAGUGAGGACAGCGAACAGAAGAUCAGGGACCUACAGCAACAGUUGUUGAGGCUGGCAAAGGAAGAUGAGGAAAAAGACAAAGAAAUUAGUUCUCUGAAAAAGGAACUUGAUAGAAAGGAUGUCAAAUUAUCGGAGUACGGGAACGGAGGUACACAGAACCAACCAUCUAAAUCAUGUACCAUACUGUAA